AAACAAAUAAUCUAAGAGAUUAGGUUGACCACUUCAUCAAACUUUCAAGUUCCUACUCAGCUUUCAUGAUUCAAAACCCACCUACCAUCUCAGUACGUAGCUAUUAAAAGGGGGAAAGGCAAUGAUCGAGGCGAAAUAUAUAUAGCAAGCUGGCAAUGGAGGUUCAGCUCAUAUCUAGAAAGCUAAUAAAACCAUCAGUUCAAACUCCUCCUCACCUUCAGAAUCUGAACAUAUCAUUUCUCGAUCAGCUUGCUCCUUCACUGAAUGUACCCAAUAUUUUCUACUAUACUAACAACCACCAUGUCAAUAACAUCGAAGAUCUAGAGAAAUCUUUGUCCGAAAUAUUAACCCUCUUUUACCCUCUAGCAGGAAGAUACAUCGAAGAUAAUCUCUCAGUUGAUUGUAAUGAUGAAGGGGUGGAGUUCCUGGAAGCCAAAGUUGAUGGGGUGGACCUCACACAAAUUAUCCAACAAGACCCCAAUAGCAAUCUUGAUCUGCUGGAUCAUUUUGUUCCUUGUGUAACUGAAUCAGACACUAGUCGUUUAUUAGCCAUCCAAAUUAACAAGUUUAAGUGUGGAGGUUUAGCGAUCGGCUUGCUCACUUCGCACAGGAUAGCUGAUAUACCAACAAUCUCCACAUUCAUCAAUGCAUGGGCUACAACAUUCCGAGAACGUGGGAUAAGUGAUCAAGUUCGUCGUCCAAGAUUUGAUUGCCCAUUUCUCUUCCCACAAAGAGAUUUACGUCUCAAUUUUCGACCAGCACCAAAAGUUCAACCUAAGAUUGUCACAAAAGUAUUUGUGUUUAACAAGGAAGCCAUAGACAAGCUGAAAUCUAAAAUUGGUGGUGGCACCGAUUCAGGAGUCAAGUACCAUCAUUCGCGCUUGGAGGUGGUCACAGCACUUAUAUGGAAGGCUCUCAUUGGUUCAGUUAAAGCACAGCACGGACAGCUGAGAGCAUCUUCAGUGCGCCAGAUAAUGACGUUGAGAGGAAAGGUGAGUAUGCCUUUACCAGAAAAUGCUUGUGGGAACAUGUAUAUGCCUUUCAUUUCUAGAUUCAAUGCAAAUGGUGAGAGCAAUAGGUUAGAGUUAAGUGACAUUGCGAGUCUGCUGAGGGAUGCUAAGAGGAAAGCCAUUUCAGAUUGCGCAAAUGCAGUAAACAGCGACGAUGUGUUUUCAAUGGUAACUAAGUACCAUAAAGAGUUGUUUGAAGAAUUGAACAAGGGGGAAGUAGAUUCAUUCAAGUUCUCAAGCUGGUGUAGGCUGGGUAUGGAGGAAGCAAACUUUGGCUGGGGAAAGCCUGCAUGGAUGAGUGCAAUGAAUUUUCCUAUAGAUGUUAGUAUUCUGAAGGACGACAAAUUUGGAGAUGGAAUUGAGGCAUGGAUGACCUUAAAGGAAAUUGAUAUGCUUCACUUCCAACAAGAUCCGGACAUCUUGGCCUUGCCUUCCUCACCAGAGUAGAUGGCUUCACUAAACAAGCACACGAUCGAGCCUGAUCUGGUCAGUUUAUAUUGCUGGAAGGAGUUGUCUUCACCAUGAUCAUAUCUGUUCUACUUUCUAUAUAUAGAAGAAAAUAAACACUUAUCGGUUACCAAUCUCAUCUUGUCCUGCUAUAGUGUUUCAGGACGGACCUUGUACUUUUUUUUUAAAAUUGGUGUGCGAAAUAUAUACGAAUUAAAAUUGUGUUUAUGGA